AAAAGCAUUGAGUGAAGAUCCACGGUGAACAGAGGAGCACACGUGUCCACUACCUCCAUUUAACAGCAGUAAAUCAAAAUGGCAAAGGAGAAGCUCCACAUCAACAUCGUGGUCAUUGGCCAUGUCGACUCUGGCAAAUCCACCACCACCGGCCACCUGAUCUACAAGUGUGGAGGAAUCGACAAGAGAACCAUCGAGAAGUUUGAGAAGGAAGCCGCCGAGAUGGGCAAGGGCUCCUUCAAGUACGCCUGGGUGAUGGACAAGCUGAAGGCCGAGCGUGAGCGUGGUAUCACCAUUGACAUCGCUCUGUGGAAGUUUGAGACCACCAAGUUCCUAGUGACUGUCAUUGAUGCUCCUGGACACAGGGAUUUCAUCAAGAACAUGAUCACUGGAACAUCUCAGGCUGACUGCGCCGUGCUGAUUGUUGCUGCCGGUGUUGGUGAGUUCGAGGCUGGUAUCUCCAAGAAUGGCCAGACCCGUGAGCACGCCCUGCUGGCCUACACCCUCGGCGUGAAGCAGCUCAUUGUCGGAGUCAACAAGAUGGACUCCACAGAGCCCCCUUACAGCGAAGCUCGGUUUACGGAAGUUAAAAAAGAAGUGACCUCGUUCCUCAAGAAGACUGGCUACAACCCUGCCUCUAUUGCCUUUGUGCCCAUCUCUGGGUUCCACGGAGACAACAUGAUGGAGGCCAGCGACAAGAUGAAGUGGUACAAGGAAUGGAGUAUUGAGCGCAAGGAAGGUAAGGCCAGUGGAGCCACAUUGUUCCAAGCUCUGGACUCCAUCCUGCCACCUGAUCGCCCCAUCAAGAAGCCCCUACGUUUGCCCCUGCAGGACGUCUACAAAAUUGGUGGUAUUGGAACGGUUCCUGUUGGACGUGUUGAGACUGGUAUCCUGAAGCCUGGUAUGGUCGUCACGUUCAGUCCCCCCAAUCUGACCACUGAGGUGAAGUCCGUGGAGAUGCACCACGAGAGCCUGUCUGAGGCUCUCCCCGGUGACAACGUCGGUUUUAACAUCAAGAACGUGUCCAUCAAGGAGAUCCGUCGAGGGAAUGUGGCCGGCGACAGCAAGAACGACCCACCAAUGGCUGCGGAGACCUUCACUGCUCAGGUCAUCGUGCUGAACCAUCCCGGUCAAAUCAACAAGGGUUAUAGCCCUGUGGUGGAUUGCCACACUGCUCAUAUUGCCUGCAAAUUCGCAGAACUCCUUCAGAAGAUCGACCGUCGUAGUGGUAAAGCCCUGGAAGAAAACCCCAAAAGUGUCAAGUCUGGAGAUGCAGCCAUGGUCUUGAUGGAGCCUUCAAAACCCCUGUGUGUUGAGGCGUUUGCAGAGUUUCCCCCACUUGGUCGCUUCGCUGUGCGUGACAUGAAGCAGACGGUGGCUGUCGGUGUCAUCAAGUCCGUCAACAAGAAGAAUCCCACAUCUGGAAAAGUUACCAAGGCUGCAGUUAAAGCUGCGAAGAAAUGAGUUCUCCUACCCAAAACAUUUCCUUGGAUUAACUGCUGUAUAGGUUCAAAUGAAAACAAUAGAAAAAAACCAACAAUAAAAACAAUA